AUGACAGCUUCAACAUCCAAUCCCGAGGAACAACAAUAUUUAGACCUUUGUGAUAGAAUUAUCAAGGAAGGAGAAUUUCGACCAGAUAGAACAGGCACAGGUACUUACAGUAUCUUUGCACCACCUCAACUCCGUUUCAAUUUAUCUGACGGUACUUUCCCAUUAUUGACCACAAAAAAAGUUUUUACUAAAGGUAUUAUAUUCGAACUUUUGUGGUUCAUCUCAGGUUGUACCGAUGGUAAAAAACUAUCCGAGCAAGGUGUCAAGAUUUGGGAAGGAAAUGGAUCCAGGGAAUAUCUUGAUAGUUUAGGUUUGAAGGACAGAAGAGAAGGUGAUUUGGGUCCAGUCUACGGAUUUCAAUGGAGACAUUUUGGUGCCACUUAUAAGACAUGUGAUGAUGAUUAUACUGGCCAGGGUGUAGACCAAUUAAAGGAAUUAAUUACAAAAAUAAAAAAAAACCCUUAUGAUCGUAGAAUUAUUAUGAGUGCUUGGAAUCCUCCAGAUUUUCCAUUGAUGGCCUUACCACCAUGUCAUGUUUUUUCUCAAUUUUAUGUUAGUUUCCCUGAAGGUGCUGCAAAGCCAAGAUUAUCGUGUUUAUUAUAUCAAAGAUCUUGCGAUAUGGGUCUUGGAGUACCAUUCAAUAUUGCGUCGUACGCGUUAUUGACUAUUAUGAUAGCUCACGUUUGUGAUAUGGAACCAGGUGAAUUCAUCCAUACCCUUGGUGAUGCACAUGUAUAUAAAGAUCAUGUUGACGCAUUGAAGGAACAAAUUAGUAGAACACCAACGCAGUUCCCAAAAAUGGUUAUUAAGAGGGAAGUAAGGGACAUCGAUGACUUUAAAUUUGAAGAUUUCGAAAUACAAGAUUACCAUCCACAAGCUAGAAUCCAAAUGAAAAUGAGUGUAUGA